AUGUCGCCAAACUUUAAAGUGGAAUCUUGUAGCGUUGAUUCCGACCAAGGGGUAAAGCUCCACACGAAAAUCUUCAAACCCAGAAACGUAGGAGACGAUGGGAAUCUGGUGAUAGUUUUGGUCCAUCCGUUCUCGCUCUUGGGUGGUUGUCAAGCUCUGCUCAAAGGCAUAGCUUCUGAAUUGGCCUGUAAAGGUUACACGGCGGUCACUUUCGACACGAGAGGUGCCGGAAAAUCAACCGGAAGGGCUACUCUUACGGGGUUUUCCGAGGUCAAGGAUGUCAUCGCUGUUUGUCGGUGGCUUUCCCAAAAUAUCUCUGCUCAUAGGAUCCUCCUCGUCGGUUCUUCUGCCGGUGCACCAAUCGCAGGAUCAGCGGUGGAUCAAGUAGAGCAAGUGGUGGGAUAUGUGAGUUUAGGAUACCCGUUUGGCCUCAUGGCCUCAAUUCUGUUUGGGCGGCACCACAAGGCCAUUCUCUCAUCCCCUAAACCAAAACUCUUUGUUAUGGGAACACAAGACGGCUUCACUAGCGUUAACCAGCUCAAGAAGAAGCUAAAAUCUGCAGUGGGACGUACCGAAACACAUCUCAUUGAAGGUGUUAGCCAUUUCCAGAUGGAAGGACCUGAUUAUGAUUCUCAGGUGACUGAUAUCAUAUGCAACUUCAUUUCAUCCAUCAAACAACAGAUGUUACAAAUCCGGAAAAAUGACAAUGAUAUGAUCAUGGCUGUUCAAUCUUACUGCCAGUUCUCACUUGAUACCUUCAUCUUCAUGGCCUUUCGCAAUUGCAUCGAAUUCCAUCAUGGGAGGUGA